AUGGCUGUCAAAGUAGGAAUCAACGGUUUCGGCCGUAUCGGUCGUAUCGUUAUGCGUAACGCCAUUGAGCACGGUGACAUUGAGGUCGUUGCUGUCAACGACCCGUUCAUUGACCUCGAGUACAUGGUUUACAUGUUCAAGUACGACUCUACCCACGGCCGCUUCAAGGGCGACGUGUCCACCAAGGACGGCAAGCUCUACGUCAACGGCAAGGCCAUCACCGUGUUCGGCGAGCGUGACGCUUCCAACAUCAAGUGGGGAGAGGCCGGCGCCGAGUACAUUGUCGAGUCGACCGGUGUCUUCACCACCAUCGACGCUGCCAGCGCCCACUUGAAGGGUGGUGCCAAGAAGGUCAUCAUCUCGGCUCCUUCCGCCGAUGCCCCCAUGUUCGUCUGCGGUGUCAACCUUGACGCCUACAAGCCCGAGUACAAGGUCAUCUCGAACGCCUCGUGCACCACCAACUGCUUGGCUCCCCUCGCCAAGGUCAUCCACGACAAUUUCACCAUCAUUGAGGGUCUCAUGACCACCGUCCACGCCACCACCGCCACCCAGAAGACCGUUGACGGUCCUUCCAACAAGGACUGGCGUGGAGGCCGAACUGCCUCGGCCAACAUCAUCCCCUCGUCGACCGGUGCCGCCAAGGCCGUCGGCAAGGUCAUCCCCGCCCUCAACGGCAAGCUUACCGGCAUGUCGUUCCGUGUCCCCACCGCCGACGUUUCGGUUGUCGACCUUGUCUGCCGCAUCGAGAAGGGUGCUUCCUACGAGGAGAUCAAGGCGGUCAUGAAGAAGGCCUCCGAGAGCCCCGAGCUCAAGGGUAUCCUCGGCUACACUGAGGAUGAGGUUGUCUCGACCGACUUUGUCGGCUCCACCGAGUCGUCCGUCUUCGACGCCAAGGCCGGUAUCUCGCUCAACAACAACUUCGUCAAGCUCAUCAGCUGGUACGACAACGAGUUCGGGUACUCUCGCCGUGUCUGCGACUUGGUCGCUUACGUCGCUGGCGUUGACGCCAAGGCCGCUUCCGCUUAA